GCGGAAGAAAAGAAGCCGAAGAAGAGGGGAAAAAAUUCAUGAUGCUCUGUGACGUUUUUAAUUCGAAGUCAGAGAAAAGUGGGAAAACAAACAGCAGCAUAGUUCGUUUUUUCCUAUAAAUUUGGAUUCGCCCGCACAGAUGUGAUAAAAUUGUUUAUCUGGGGCUUGCAGACUUUGGAUACGUGUUUUUCCAAGGGCCAAUGAAUAACGCGCUGAGCUCUACUCUGUUUGAACCGACAGCAAAAAUGGCCGAUGUUGAGUUUGGUGACAGUGAGCUGUUUGAACAACUAGACGACGCUAGGCCCGUCCCGACCCACAUUCGGUUCAUGGAUGAUGAAGAAGGCGCAGAAGACCCCAGUCGUGUCAAGGAGAGGGAGGAGUACCAGGAGAAAAUGCAAACACUGAUAAAUGAGAAUCAAAGAUUAAAAACGAAACUGAGCAUCCUGACAAGACCGAGUUACAUCAAAAUCGAAGAUGUCGAUGUCGACGGGCCUAUUCUCCAGAUCCUUUACACGAACAACAGUAUAUCAAAGCAGUGUCGUCAAGAAAUCGAAGACUGUAUCUGUGAUGUUAUACAGAAAUACAGGAGACAGGGAAACCUAAAGAACAACUUAUCCAUUCAAAUGAAACCUCAGAAUUCUGCUUUUGCCAUGGAGGAAGCUGAAAAGGCAACGUGUUCCUGUGGCAUCAAGGACGUUACAAAUGCCUUCACUGUGGUUGGGAGUGUCUUGUAUUUCACUUCUUUCUGUGUUGAUAAACUUGGACAGCCUCUGCUGAAUGAUAACCCCCAGCUGACCGAGGGAUGGGAAGUUCCAACCUAUCAGCAGGGCUUCAGCCAGGUUAUUGGCGCAGAGGAUCAAGAAAUGGAGAUGACAGAGAAAAGACCCAAGUCUGUGUGUUUCAACUGUGGAUCAAGCACUCAUCAACUGAAAGAUUGCCCCCAGCCAAAAGACAUGGCCAGUAUCAAUAAGAGACGGAAGGAGUUUUCUCAGAACAACAACCAGGCCAUCCUGGGCAACCGAUACCAUGCUGAUGAAGUCGAGGAACGGUUUGCCAAAUUCAAGCCUGGUGUCAUGAGGCAGGAACUGCUGACAGCAUUAGGAGUUGGCGCCAACACCCUGCCUCCGCUGAUCUACCGUAUGAGGCAGCUCGGUUACCCACCAGGCUGGCUCAAAGAAGCAGAGUUGGAGAACUCUGGCUUAACGCUUUAUGAUGGAAAGGUUUCAAAUGAUGGUGGUGGAUUGGAUACUGGUAAAGAAAAACCCUCUUUCGAUGUUUCCAAGCUGGUAGAUUUCCCAGGCUUCAAUGUACCUGCACCGUCCAAAAUGAAGGAUGAAUAUAUGCAAUAUGGCUCCAUUCCAAUGCAGUACAACCACAUGAAACAAAACUUUGCUGCAUACCUCUCCAACAGUUUCCCUGAGCCAGGUGCCACUUGCAACAAGAGACGGCAUGAAUCUGACUCAACCCCUCAACAAAGAAAGAAAAGAAGGUCGAGUCCUGAUCGGAGCACAUAUAUGGAUAUUGACUCAGAUCCAGGAACUCACAAUCAUUUUCAAGAAUCAAGUGGCUUCCAGUUCCAGCCUCCGCUGGCCCCUGGCUCACCCUCCUUUUGUUCACCUCCUCCCUUACCCCAGGGGACACCACCAGCUACCCCGACUCCACCCCCUCUCCCGAAAGGUACACCUCCUCCCACACCUACUAAUGGCUCUCCAGCCUUGCAAGGGCAUACCUGGGGCAUGGUUGAGGAAGUGGGUGAAGGGAUGGAGGAUGGCCUUACACUAGAGGAGCUAGAGGAGCAGCAGAGGCUGAUCUGGGCAGCACUGGAAAAUGCUGACACGGCCACCAACAGUGACUGUGAAACUCCUGCCAUGGGAACACCUGUACCCAGCUCGUCGAGUGUUUCCACACCUGCCCAUGUUGACACAGAAAUGGAAACGGAAGACCACGAGGCCGAGGGAGUGGUGUGCUCAAGUGGGUCCGUUGAGACUAUCUCUCAAAUUAGUGAAAAGCAAUGGAGAACUGAGGAUGAAAAAGAUCGCCCCGAAAGCCCUGGUCCAGCCAAAGCUUGGGAGGACAGCCCUCAGAGCUCUGGUCCAAUCAAAGUCCAGGAGGACAGCCCUCUGAACCCUGUUCCAAUCAAAGCAGAGGAAGACAGCCCUCAGAGCCCUGGUCCAAUCGAAGCAGAGGAAGACAGCCCUCGGAGCCUUGGUCCAAUCAAAGCAGAGGAAGACAGCCCUCUGAGCCCUGGUCCAAUAAAGGCAGAGGAAGACAGCCCUCAGAGCCCUGGUCCAAACAAAGCAGAGGAAGACGACCCUCUGAAUCCUGGUCCAAUCAAAGCAGAGGAAGACAGCUCUCAGAGCCCUGGUCCAAACAAAGCAGAGGAAGAUGGUCCUCAGAACCCUGGUCGAAACAAAGCAGAGGAAGAUGGUCCUCAGAACCCUGGUCCAAAUAAAGCAGAGGAAGAGAGCCCUCAGAGCCCUGGUCCAAUCAAAUCCCAGGAAGACAUCUCUCAGAGCCCUGGUCCAAUCAAAGUCCAGGAGGACUGCCCAGAGACUCCUGAUGCAGAAACUUCCACUCAGGAGGAUGCUGAUAGCAAUUCACUCCAGUCUGUUGUUGCUGUAACUGCAGUUCCCCAUCGGAGUAGGUUUGCAGCCGGCAUUGUUCCUUUUGAAGAUACACCUGAAUUUACUGAAGUUUCUGUGCCCACAGGAACAUAUCUUAGGAUCAGAGACUUGCUAAAAAGUUCACCCCGGAAUGUGGCCAAAAAGGAAAAAAGACUGUUAGAUUAAAACCCAGGGACUGCUGUAGAUUGCCUUUUAAGAUUUAAAAAAAUUCCUGGAGGUGAAAUCCAUUUUGUCAUCAGUCGAUCAAGCACAUAAAAAAAAAAAGAAAAAAAAAAGAAAAAAGGAAUUGUACCAACCGGAAUGUCUUUGAAUAUUUUUAUGUACAGCAUCGAGGAGGCAGGGCAUUUCAGGAAUUUCUCAAACUAAGAACUGUAGGUUGUAACCGGUCACUUACAAACUUUUUUUGUAGCCCUGGUCCUACUCAGUGGUAUUUUUCAAAUGGAAUUUUCCAUUUUAUCUGUUGUUCAUCUGAAACUUUCAAUUUUACCCAUUUCAUUUUGUUUCAAUCUCUACUUCAGCUGCCAGGUUGAGGGAUUAUUGUUUAAUAAAUAUAAUAAAUGAUGAAUUGUG